AUGAAGUUAACAGAGGCCCUAGUGUGUAUGGGGUUCCAGCAAAGCCAUUAUGACUAUUCUUUGUUUACAAAGAAGGCUGGGAGUGAUAUAGUAGUCAUACUGGUAUAUGUAGAUGAUCUUUUGAUCACUGGGAACAAUCAACAGUUGCUGUGUGAAACAAGAUCAGAUCUCAAGAAAAGGUUCAAGAUGAAGGAUCUAGGAGAGCUAAAAUUCUUCCUAGGUAUUGAGUUUGCAAGGUCUAGACAAGGAAUUCUCAUGUGUCAAAGAAAAUAUGCACUAGAGUUAAUCUCUGAGUCAGGACUAAGUGGUGCAAAGCCAGCUGCCACACCCUUAAAGCUGAACCAGAAGUUAACAACCACUGAGUUUGAUAAGUGUUUCAGUACCAAGAACACUAACUCAGAUGAAGUGCUGAAGAAUCCUGGUACAUAUCAAAGACUGGUAGGAAGAUUGCUAUAUCUCACUAUGACCAGGCCAGAUAUUGCCUUUAUGGUGCAAGUGCUCAGUCAGUUCAUGCAUUGUCCUAAAGUGUCUCAUAUGGAAGCAGCAUUGAGAGUAGUAAGAUAUCUAAAGCAGGCACCAGGUCUGGGACUGCUUAUGCCUGGAGAAUCUUCAAGUAAGCUGACUGCUUACUGUGACUCAGAUUAG